CGUGAUUUCAGGAUGGCGACUGCUGAUGGACCCUUUUCACACAACUUCUUUUAUAAGACCAAAGAGCACGUACAUACCGGUAGAUUAAUUCCACAGCACCAAGAUGUCAGGAGCAUCAUCUGUAUCUGUAUCUUUAUCUGUGUCGGUGGAUCUGAGUUCCUUGCUUGAAGGUCAGUCGUUUGAGGACGCAUUGGUUCGAUUGGAAAGUCGAGCUUUCGCACUGGAUCACAACAACGGCAUUUUGCAGUUCUGGUUUCGGCAAGAGGCGCCUGUAAAGUUUCUGGGUAAGAUGGAUGAGGUAGGCUUGACAGAGAAUGAUAAAACGCGGCUUGGUAGGUUUAGUACUGAUAGUCCUGAAAUAGCGAAACGAGUCCUGAUCUCUGGAGUCUUGAAAGGUGGGAGAAUGAUUUCAGUCAACUCUCUUGCUUUUGCGCACGAUCAACUGCAUAUUACCGCUAGUAAGGAAAGGCAUGAUACCGGGAGUAAGGAAAAGGAACUGCAGCAUUGCAAGGCCGGUAGUAGCAAUAACGAAGCCAGGAAGAAGGUACUACAAGGAGGCCUGCUCAGGUUCAUCCUAGAAAACUACAUUCCUAUCGAAGAUAUCCAAACGUCUGCAAUGCCCGUGCAUCCCCACUGGCACAAUGUGGGAGAAUCUCUCCUCUUGCAAAAGUCGUAUUCCAAGAUUCCAGAAAUUGACUUACAAGAAGUUCUUUACCAAGUUUUUCAAGGUGCCCGACAUCACAUCAACAUGGCCGGAGACCUAUUCUCCGAACAAGAAGAAUACCAACAGUUCCUCAUGGCCGGAGUACACUUGUGUGAUUUGACCGCCAGACGAAACAAUGCCAAGUUCAUGGAACAAGUAUACGUUCGAAACGAUGCCAUAGAACCACUUGAGUUACAAAAUCACCAACCAGAACGAUACCCAGGCACCAAUGUUGCCGACAAUCACUUUUCCGACCAGCACCUCCACUACAUGAGAGCUGCCUGCAUUCAACUCUCCAAACUCACCUUGUUGGAAAGUGAGGGAGAUGCCGUUGCCGUUGCCGCCAAUGCCGGUGUCGCCAUUCAUCAUAUCCAAGAACUCCAAAACACUCAUCAUCGCAGACACGUUCGGGCUAUUGGCUACGCCAUGCACAAUGUACCAACGUGCCCUUCCCCCGGGGGACACAGGAAGAAAUGGGGUGCGGCACUUCGUAGAGACAAUUUACUCUGUCAGGAAAUGAUGGCUGCCGGAGAAGAAUACUUUGGAGACAUGGGAUGGUUUUGGGAUCCUUGCGAGGACGAUUAAGUAUACUGAGCAGCCAUUAGUGCAGCGGCUGAUAAUUUACUCCGCGCAGUGACAGGAAACUACCUAUAGAAACUGCUGGUAUCGGUAUCUUGGAAGCCACCUCCGAGAUUCAAGGCCCUGAAAUCGAUGAAUAAACAUCGUUAAUAGAUUAAAAAUACUAGAUCUAUAGAAAGCGAUGUCC